GACGAAGUUUGACAUAAUGUCAAAUCUGUGUAGCAUCAAAUUUAAAAAAAAAAAAUUUUAACGGUUUACCAUUUUAUUUAUAUUUUAUUAAAAUGUCUCUUAAAGAUAGAAUAAAAGCUGUACUGCAUGCAGCGCAAAUUAAUAAAUCAUGCCACCAACAAAAAAUUAAAGUAUUGAUAAAAUAUUUUAACGAGGUGUCCCCUGAAGAAUUUUUCGAAAGCAUGAAAGAUAUGUUAACGCUUAUAUUAUCGAAGAAUACGAUAUCGAAUAAAAAUGUGUAUGUAGAGAGGGUGUUAGAAUUUCUGGCACAGUUUGUGGCUGAAGUUACCCCUGUGGACGAUAGUGAAGAAGAAUUGUUUGAUGUAGCUCCACAUCCUUUUUUGACAAUGGUUAUUAAAGAGACUCUAAAGUACCACCAAUUGAUAAACGAAUCUUUUCGGUAUAAUUCGUGCUUAUUUGUAAAACUCAUACUUCAAAAUAUCGGCAGAGACAAGAAUUUGGACAAUGAGGUGUGUGAUAUGAUCCAAGAAGCUAUGUUAGAAUGUACUUUGGACCCAAAAUCAGCAGUUAGGUUACAAUCAGUAUCGGCUCUGAUUAGACUGCAAGACCCUAUAAAUGCUGAUUGCCCUGUCAUCAGAGCUUAUUUAUCAUUAAUAGUUGAUCCGAACGCACACAUUAGAAAUGAAGUAGUAAAAAUAAUUGCUCCUAACAGCAUCACAGUUCCCCAAAUUAUAAAGCGUAUAAGAGAUACAGAUCAUUUUGUUAGAAUGUCUGCAUUUAGGAGGUGUGCUGACAUUGGUCCAAAGAGUAUCAAAAUUAUUGAAAGACAGCAUAUUUUGGAAUGUGGUUUGGCAGAAAGCAAUCCAAAAGUAAAAAAUGUCUUUAUUGAAAAUUUAUUACCAAAAUGGUUACAGGUCUAUGAGAAUGAUUACAUAAAUUUCUUGAAAGGUUUAAAGAUGGAUGCCUGCGAAAGUGACAUUACUAAUACAGAAAAUAUUACCAAGGAUGUUAUAAACCUUCUACUUAAUAUCACACCAAUUAAGGAUAUAAUUUCUAUUUUACCUCUGACUGAAGAAAAAGUGAUCCCUCCAGAUAAAUUGACAAGUGAAGCAGCAGCUUUGUGGAACUUGAUUGUUUGCUAUCUCAGAGGAACCGACAUAAAUGAGGAUUAUCUUGAGCAGAUUAUUCCUGAUCUUACUCCAUUUUCGAAUUACAUAAACAGUAUUAUCACAGAACAAGGCAAAAAUAAAAUGGAAGAAUGGGAAUUCUUGGAUUAUCAGUACAACUUAAACAAUCUAUUUGGUAUAGCAGAAGGUUACGAUUUGGCCGAUGAGGUCGGCCGAAAAACUUUGCACCAAAUAACUCUAAAUUUCCUAAGAACGGAAAAUUUGCAACUGAAGCUGAGGAAACGUGUUCUGCAAUUGGCAUAUAAAUCGUCACAAAAGACGGACGAAUUUACCAGCAUCAUUUGCCACAUUAUCUCGGACAUCCAAGAACCUAUCAUUGAAAAAUCGGUGGAAAUAUCAUCCGAUGAAGAAAGGAACAAAGAAUGCGAAAAAGCUACGCUAAAGGUGAAAAUAAUUCGAUAUGAAGCUGAAUUAGAAGAUGCUUUGGACAAUCAAGAAUUUUUGAAAGCGAAUUCUUUGAAGACCGAUAUUAACCAGCUGAAAGAGAAAAUAAAUGAAUUGUCUAUUGUAAAACCCGCGGUCGAAAUGGUGAAGGUUACCAAAGACGAUACUAAGACGCUAUGCGACUGUUUAGAUAUUCUGAUAUCGCUUUUGCAGCUGCCGAAAAUUUCUAGUAUGACACCUUCGCUGGUGGCUAUCAAAGAAGAGUUUGUGAUUCCGCUGUUGAGCAGCAACGUCGUUGAAAUUAAUUGGAGGGUGCUUCAAUGUCUCGCAUUGUUUUGUAUUCUCGAUCAGGCUUUGGCCGAGGAGUACAUUAAAUUUAUUUGUAUACCGAUUAUCACCUAUCGGACAAUCCCGAAUUAUAAUAGGAAUGCUUUGAUGAUUUCUGUAAGGGCAGUAUCCGAUCUUUACAGAUUGUACGGCCCAAAUAUUUUCGGAAUAAUGGAAGAAGCUCUAAUGUCGAACCAAUCUUUGAAUAAUACGUCUUCGACGAAAAGAAGGCUGUAUCGAUCGGAAGAUUCCGAUGAAAGUGUCAUGCCAGCCAACACGUUCCAUUUGGAGACCAUAAUUGAAAUUAUUCUCGAUAUUUUAGACGACGAAAUAUCUGAAGUAAGGGAUACUGCCCUGGAAGCAAUGGCUAAGUUGAUUUUGGAUAACUUCCCUGUAUCGUCGCCUUUAAUAACUCGACUUAUAUUGAAAUGGUAUAACCCCUUAACAGCAAGAUCUUCCGACAAGUUGCAACAGAUCAUCGGCAUGGUGAUAGACAGUUACGCGAAAAAGAGUGAUGACGCCAAAGAGGUCAUAGCGAAGGCAGUCAAACCUAUACUUAAUAGUAUCGCUAGCGCGCCUAGGACCAGUCCAUUGGCCGACGUUGACGUAGACAAUUUGAUUCUCUUUUUGGCUACUAUUACUAACGGCAAACGGGAUUUAGGUACACAUGUCAACAUGGCUCAUAUGUGUACCAACGAGAUAUUAAAGACUAAAAACCCUUUAAUGGCCGUCUACUUGUGCAAAAUGCUUGUUCAUCUAGAUAUACAAUCUGAAAACGUUGCGGUCUUGAAAGAGUUGAUCGCUCAAGUCAAUACAAUUUUGGAACGCACUCCACUGGAAAAAAAUCCGAAAAAGAACUUGUGUAAAUUCAAGGAAACUCUUGCGACGCGCCUGGAUAAUCUGAAUAAAACGAAAGACUCCAAUUUGGAAGUGACAGAAGGUAGCGUUAAUGAAGAAAAUAAAGAAAACGAAGUCACUAUCAGCAAUUUGAACAAAAGUAAACGGAAAAUUCCUAAUAAUGAAAAAACUAUCGGUAACUUAUCGUCGAUAGUCGAAGAAGACGAUAAUAACGAAGAAAUAACAAAUGCAAUUACCAGUGAUGCUAAAAGAAGUAAAAUUGACACUGAAAAUCCAAAUAAAAAUAACACUAAUAGUCAAAAUGAAAGUAAUACUAACUGCCUAAAUAAAAGUGACGCAAACAGCCAAAAUAAAACUACUAUUGACGAUAGCGAUAGUAAUUCAAAACACAGUGACAACCCAGCACAACGAAGCGAAAACAGCAGUUCCAUUCCUGUUAAAAAACAAUCUGAACAGAAGAAGAAAACUGAAAGUCCAAAUACAAGUAGCACAGACGGCAACGAUAGUAAUUCAAAACGCAGCGACAGCCAAGCACAACAAACCGAAAGCAGUGGUUCUGAUCCUGUCAAAAAACCGUUUGAACUGAAGAAAAGGCGUGUCAAAAAACGUAAACUUAACAAUAAAAGUAGCAUUGACAGUAAAAAUAAAAGUAACACUGACAGUUCAAUUGAAACGGACAGUGACGAUAACGAUAAUAAUUCGAAAGGCAGCGACAGCCAAGCGCAACAAAUCGAAAGCAGCAGUUCCACUUCUGUCAAAGACCCGUCCGAGCUGAAGAAGCGUGUCAAAAAAAAGAAAACUAUCGCUGAAACUCCAAAUAAAAGUAGCAGUGAUAGUCAAAAGAAAAGUCACACUGACAGUCAAAAUAAAAGUAUCACUAACACUGACAAUUCGAUUAAAACGAGCAGUGACAAUAACGAUAGUAAUUCGAAAGGUAGUGACAGCCAAGCGCAACAAAUCGAAAGCAGCGAUUCCACUCCUGUCAAAAAAACGUCCAAGCCGAAGAAAAAGCGCGCCAAAAUAAGGAAAACUGUCGCUGAAAGUACAAAUCAAAACAGUACCGUUAGUUCAAAUAAGAGCCAAAAUAAAAUUAACACUACCUCUAAUAGUUCAAUCAAAACGAACAGUGACGGUAAUAAAAGUAAUUCGAAUCGCAGUGUCGAUUCCUCGCCCGGCAAAAAACUGUCUAAGCUGAAGGAGACUCGUAACAGAAGAAAAUAUUCUACUGAACAAUCUUCAACGUCUCCAGAUGAAGACAACCAACAGGUUAUUAAGAGAGUGAAAGUGAUCGUACAUCGAAUCGACAUCGUCAAGGAAGCUUCAAGUGGGGCGAAAAUCGACGAUGAUACAAAGGUUGAAGACGUUGGAAAAAAGAUACCAGUUCAGGCGGAACAAUUAAAAAAGAAUGGAAACGUUGUAGAAAGCGAAUUAUGCAAAUCGAGCAGCGACGUUGACGUAAUAAGUGCCAGUUCGAAUAGCCAAGAAUUCAUAAGUAUCUUUAGUAACUUCGGUAAACGAAAGAGAAAUCCCAAACAGAACAAAACCAAAUCACUCGGCGAAGCAACUUCAGACACCGAUAGUGGCAACAUAAAACCCAAACGGACGAAAAGAUGCUCCAUUAACGAAAUGUCAGAUGAUCGAAUUAAAAUUGCGAUUAAAAAUAGUUUGAAGGAAAACGCUGACAAAGUAAAAGAUAUUUCUAUAAUAUUGACCAAUGAACGCGUUGGUAGAAAAAAUAUUGAAACUCCCGUUAAAAAUGGUUUGAAACCAAAUACUACAAAGUCAAAUUCACAAAGCAGUUCAGAAUCCAACCGAAGUGAUGACGAGGAUAAAGAUAUUGCCGUAGUAUCGUCCAGUGAACGUCUUGGAAAAAAAACUAUAGAUAACGUCAAUAAAAAUGGUUUGAAAAACAAUGCUACAAAGCCAAAUACACGAAACAGUUCAGCAUCGAAUCGUAACAAAGAUAAAGAUAUUGCUGCGGUGUCGUCCAAUGAACGCGUUAGAAGAAAAACUAUUGAAAAUGCCGAUAAAAAUCGUUUGAAAGUAAAAGCUACAAUGUCAAAUUCAGAAAGCAGUUCAGGAUCCAACCGUAAUGAUGACGAAGAUAAAGAUAUUUCCUUAGUGUCAUCUAAUGAACGCAGAAGAAAAACUAUUGAAAAGACCGAUAAAAAUGGUUGGAAAAAAAAUGUUUCAAAGUCAAAUUCGCAAAGCAGUUCAGAAUCCAAUCGUAACAAUGAUGAAGAUAAAAAUAUUUCCGUUGUUAGAAGAAAAACUAUUGAAAAUGCCGAUAAAAAUCGUUUGAAGGAAAAGUUGAAUUCACGAAACAAUUCAACGUCAAAUGAAUGGAUUGAAAUAGAGGGGAAGAUAAGAAAAAAUCUUCGAGGGAGAAAAUUGAAAUUAAGAAAAUCGACUGAUUCGUCAUAUGAACUCCCACAGGUUAGUGAAGAUGAUGUUUUCAAUAAUUCAAGUAACAGUAUGAUGUCAGGAAGUUUGAGAACGCGGAGUCAAACUACACCUAUAGCCAAAAUCAAAUCAAACACCUUAAGCAGCUCCUUUAAAACUGAGAAAGGUAAGCGGCCGACUAGAAAAUUGAAAAAAAAAACAAAAUAAUUUAUAUUCUUUAGUAUUGUAUAUUUUUAAUGUGUACAGUUUUAUUAAUAAAUUUUAAUUCGUUAAUUUAAGCAAUAAAAAUGUAGUACGUUUUAAUAUUUUGUUCCAAUGAGAAUUUUUCGACAUAAUUAUUAUUGACGUUCGUUUAUGAACUACAGGUUUUAAUUUGUACAUUUAUUUAAAAAAAAAUAAUUUUUCUGUUGAUUUAGAUUAGGAGUAGGUUUGAUAAAGUUCAAAAUUAAGUAUAAAUAGAUUUGUAUUAAUAAGAAUAGAAAAUUUUCCAAUGGAAAAC